GCGCUUAGGCGUUACCAAGUAUCUAUAAUAGCGCGAUAGACGAGUGUUAUUUUCGUAUCGAAGACAGCAUUUUUCAUAAAAAAAUUUACAAAAAAAUAGUGGCGCGGUUGGUAGCGUCGCCUAGCGUAAAGUGACGCAAGUAACGGCAAACGGCGCCACGUUCAGUCAUGUCAAAAGCGGACGACUUCGUGCUGGUGACUCGUCGCGGAAGACGUCGUAAGGAAGACAGAAGGAGUUUGAACGGAAACGCGGUUACGUCGAGGGUGACCGUAGAGCAGGAUCGGGAGGUCGAUCACGAGCUUCUUCUUCGCACGUUAGACAAGGCGGUAGUCGAGGUCGGGGACGCGUCGUUUACCAGGUUCGUUUUCAGCCGACUGACGGAGUCCCUGGCCGUUCUAGGCUCCGACGGUAUAUCCGAGAUAAUCUGCUACGGGUUAGGACAGUUCUCGCAGUAUAGGUCGUCGAGAUGCCAGUUGGCGCUCCUCCUGUGCCUGAGGGCGCGAUACGAGCCGGCUCGCGUACACGUGUACGACCCGGCGUUUCGUCCCGAGGAGGUGCGAGCCCUGCGCACCCUAGGCUUGGUGGUCAUAGAGACGAACGAGGAGGGCAAGCGAGUCGUCCAGCGGGAUAGGACGACCCUUGUGUACAUGCCGCACUGCUCGCGGCAGCUGACAAAUAAUUUUCUCUACGCGAACUGGGGCGACGGACUGAGCGGUUGCAUCCUGCUCGCCAACAGUCUCUCGGCGACCGUCGACGAUUGCUUGCGUAGGGACGUGUUGAAUACGGCCGGCUACAUACUACGCAUUCGACCUUAUGUUACAGAGAUUCGAUUGGAAAAUUGCUUUGUGUACGAGGAAGUUUUCAACGACCUUAACAUUCAUAUCUUUACCAGACAAGAGCUGCUUAAGGUUCCACAGGAUUUCUGGAGGUCCAAAGAGGAACCGCGGUAUUUAACUAAGGACGUCGAAUUUGUUACAGCCACACAGUGACAAAUAUAACAUUUGACGCAUUAAUAUGGCGACGAUGAAUAGUAAUAUUAAAUAUGUUCGUUCUCUCGUGCAAGAGCUGCGCCGAGUCUCGCAAAAUAAGAGUGUGAAAGAGAACG